AAUGGGUGCCUAUAGAACUGAUGAGGAUUACGAUUAUUUGUUCAAAGUGGUUCUGAUUGGGGACUCUGGCGUGGGCAAAUCCAACCUUAUGACCAGGUUCACCCGCAACGAGUUUAGUAUUGAAACAAAGUCCACCAUUGGGGUCGAGUUUGCAACUCGUAGCAUUCGUUGUGAUGAUAAGAUCGUUAAGGCCCAGAUAUGGGACACUGCUGGCCAAGAAAGAUAUCGUGCAAUCACAAGCGCAUAUUAUCGAGGGGCUGCUGGUGCUUUGCUGGUCUAUGAUGGCACGCGCCAUGUUACAUUUGAAAAUGUGGAACGAUGGCUGAAGGAGCUCCGACAUCACACAGAUUCCAAUAUUGUGAUCAUGCUUAUUGGUAACAAGGCAGACCUGCGACACCUCUGGGCAGUUUCUACUGAUGAUGCCACCUCUUUCGCAGAACGAGAGAACAUCUUCUUCAUGGAAACAUCUGCCCUGGAGUCCAUUAAUGUUGAGAAAGCCUUCACAGAAGUUCUGACCCAGAUUUAUCGCGUUGUCAGCAAGAACACUCUUGAGGCUGGAGAGGAGUCAGCUGUUUUGCCCAAAGGACAGACAAUCAAUGUUGACAAUAAAGAUGAUGUAUCUGCCGUGAAGAAAGCUGGAUGUUGCUCUGCUUAAAUAUGGAGAAAAAGGUUUGAAGAUGCUUGUUCAUAUCUUAGCAAAAUAUUAACAGGUUGAACUUGUGACAUAGAUAGUAGCCUGGGCUUAUCUAUAUAAACAAAUGAUUUAGAAUCUUAAAGAAUUUUUGAAGUUUUGCUUUAUGUUCUAUGACUCUGAAUUCUUCCUACUUUUAUUGUCUUCUUUUCUUUAUUGUACCAACUCAGAGGCGAGGCAGUUUACAUUUCCAGUUGUGAAUUUUGUCAAUAUUUUUACUCCUGUUGGAUACAAUUGUCUCAAGGGAGAUCAAUAGUAAAGUGCAAUAACAUCUGGAAGGGG